AUGCUAUCGCUGCAAUUCGGCCUCGACCGCCUUCUUGGCCAAGGUCAAUAUUUCCUCGAUCACCCGUCGGCACCUGCUGUUUGCCAGCCAGAUGGAUCCCUUCAACUUGCCGCAAGACCAGAGUCCAUCGAUAAUCAGGUCAAUAUCUUACCGAUCACCAGACCAGCUCGCAGAAAAUCAUCCAAAACUAGUUUGCGAUCAUUAUGGAACUCGAUCAAGAGAAACAUAAUUGAGCCUCUGGCCACCGCCAGCCGAUUCCUGUAUCUUCUGGCCUUGUUUUUGCCCGUACUCAUAACCUCACCGGUGGUCUUGUUAGAAUAUAUCGAAUUGGCACAUCCAAGAAAACGUCGAAAAGUCAGGAAAGAUGGGACGUUGAUCACCGAACGUGCAAGUACUAGCUGGUGGUACAAGUUAUUAGUCAGCUCGACUCAGAAAGCCGGUCCCACUUUCAUCAAAUUGGCCCAAUGGGCUGCUUCUAGGACUGAUCUGUUCCCUGCCGCACUCUGUCAACAUUUUGGGAAGCUUCACUCCAAUGGCAAACCACACUCAAUGGCAUAUACGCGAAGAGUGCUAGAAAAAGCGUUUGAUAAGAAAUUCGAAGAUAUCUUCAUCUCGUUUAACCCGGAACCUUUGGGGAUUGGAGCGGUUGCACAAGUGUACAAAGCUACUCUCAAGCCUGAUCUCUUACCAGUUUCUUACCUCGAACCUAAGCAUUUGAACGAAACCAACGAACUGUCAGUGGGCCAGCUAUCUCGCAAGUUGGCGACAUCAGAUGUAGACCCACCAGUGAUGAAGCCCUCGACGACUGUGGCGAUCAAAGUCCUACAUCCCAGAGUGACCAAAAACAUCAAGCGGGACCUGAAGAUCAUGGGCUUUUUUGCAUAUCUCGUCAACUGUUUCCCCGGGGCCGAAUGGUUGAGCUUCCCAGAGGAGGUGGAAGUGUUCGGGAAACUCAUGGAAAGCCAAGUCAAUCUCAAUGUGGAAGCUCAGAAUCUAGAGCGCUUCGAAAAUAACUUCACCCAUCGGAAAACGGUCUCCUUCCCAAGGCCUCUCAAGGCUUACACUACUGAGAAAGUCUUGGUCGAGGAAUUCGAGGAUGCCUUACCGUUGAAAUAUUUUUUGAGAGAUUCUAGUGGCCCGUUUGAUCAUCGGAUAUCCAAUAUUGGACUGGAUGCCUUCUUGCACAUGCUUCUGAUCGACAAUUUUGUUCAUGCAGAUCUACAUCCGGGAAACAUCAUGGUGAAAUUCUAUCAACCAACGACGAAAUCGAUGCUCCAAUCACUGUGGAGAAAGUUUACCAACGCGCCGGACAUUGAUGCAGGAGAAGAAGAUAGUCAGUUGACAUCGGAGAUCGUCCAUAAACUUAAGAAAGUCCAUCGUGAAGACCCGUCAAGCUGGGAUUCAGAGCUAGAGAAGCUUGACCAGGAGGGUUUUCAACCUGAAUUGGUGUUUAUAGAUUCCGGCUUGGUGAAUGAAUUAGACCAGAAGAACCAGAAGAAUUUCCUGGAGUUAUUUGAAGCGAUCGCGGGAUUUGAUGGAUACAAGGCAGGAAAACUGAUGGUGGAGCGCUGUCGGACGCCAGAGCUAGUGGACGAUGAGGAGACCUUUGCGGUGAAGAUCCAACACUUGGCAUCGAAAGUGAAGGCGCAGACGUUCAGUCUAUCGAAUAUCAAGGUUGCCGACGUCCUUCUCAACGUGCUGACUGCCGUGAGGGAACACCAUGUCAAGAUGGAGGCCGACUUCAUCAACACAAUCCUUUCUAUCCUCAUCCUCGAAGGCAUCGGAAGACAGCUCAACCCCGAACUCGAUCUCUUCCAGAGCGCCUUACCUAUCCUUAGAAGCCUCGGUAGCAAGCAGAUCAACGCCUCUGGCUCAAGUCCUAGACAGUUUGGUAGCAUGUUUAAAAUCUGGCUCUUACUCGAGGCGAGACAUUUCGCAAGUAUUGCGGUAUCAGAAGUAGAUGAUAUGUUGAAAUAUGACUUGCUAAUGCCUAAUAUUUAA